AUGGAAGGCGUAGAGAAGUCAGCUUUUAGAUUUUGGUGGGUUUUGUGGGUGUUGGUGAUUUGCAUGUUGCGGAGUGGUGGUGGGUUAGUUGUAGGGCAAGAAGCGGGAGACGGUGGUGAUGUGGUGGUUCCGGCGAUGUUCGUAUUCGGAGACUCGCUUAUUGACAAUGGCAACAACAAUGACUUGACUUCGUUUGCAAAAGCCAAUUAUUUUCCUUAUGGCAUUGACUUCAAUGGAGGUCCCACUGGUCGAUUCUCCAAUGGUUACACCAUGGUUGAUGAAAUAGCGGAAUUGCUAGGGUUGCCACUAAUACCAGCCUACUCCGAAGCAUCAAAUUCAGGAGAUCAAAUGCUUCAUGGUGUCAAUUUCGCUUCUGCUGCUUCUGGAAUCCUGGAUAUAACUGGUCGAAAUUUUGUGGGUCGUAUCCCAUUUAAUCAACAGAUUGACAACUUUGAAAAUUCAUUGGAUCGAAUAACCGACAAUUCAGGUGCAACCGAUGUGGCUCAGAUGCUCUCUCGAAGCAUUUUCUUCGUAGGAAUGGGUAGCAAUGACUACCUAAACAACUACCUCAUGCCAAAUUACCCUACCCGCAACGAGUAUAACGGUCAACAGUUUGCAGACCUCUUGUCCCAUGAAUACACUACUCAACUCACGAAACUUUACAAUCUUGGAGCCCGGAAAUUCGUUUUGGCUGGGAUUGGAAUGAUGGGUUGUAUUCCAAGCAUACUAGCUCAAGGCACGACUGGGAAAUGCUCCGAGGAUGUGAACAAGCUUGUCUUACCAUUCAAUGCCAACAUGAGGAACAUGAUCGACAAUCUAAGCACCAAUCUGCCUGGUUCUAAGUUUGUCUUCAUUGACGUCCAUAACAUGUUCCAAGAUAUUCUUUCUAACGCUAGAUCCUACGGAUUUCGUGUGCUUAAUAGGGGAUGUUGCGGGAUAGGUAGAAACAGAGGGCAGAUAACGUGUUUACCGUUCCAAACCCCUUGUCCGAACAGGAACGAGUACCUGUUUUGGGACGCAUUCCAUCCAACGGAAGCAGUGAAUGUACUGAUGGGAAAGAAGGCUUUCAGUGGUACUCCUGAUGUUGUUUAUCCCAUCAAUAUUCAACAACUAGCAAACAUUUGA